AUGGAGCUUGCACCUGUGAAAUGUGAACUGAGCCCUAGAAACCAUAGGUUGCUUGUUAUAGAUGGUAGUGAGGUUAUUGCUGCUAAGUGUGUCAAAAGGAGGCGAAGAGGUUCGUCUAUGUCAGUGUUAGGUGGCAAUGAACAACAAGGUGAAAAGUUAGAAGAACAUAAACAACUUGGUACUGCCACCACUGUGAAGAGAAGUUCAAGGUUCAGGGGUGUUAGCAGACACAGGUGGACUGGAAGGUUUGAAGCACAUCUAUGGGAUAAAGGGACAUGGAAUCCCACUCAGAAGAAGAAAGGAAAGCAAGUGUAUUUGGGAGCUUAUAAUGAUGAAGAAGCGGCUGCUAGAGCUUAUGAUUUGGCUGCACUCAAGUACUGGGGAACAUCAACUUUCACAAAUUUUCCUGUGUCUGAUUAUGAGAAAGAAAUUGAGAUAAUGAAAACAGUAACCAAAGAAGAAUAUCUUGCUUCACUGAGAAGGAGGAGCAGUGGUUUUUCCAGAGGUGUAUCAAAGUAUAGAGGAGUAGCAAGGCACCAUCACAAUGGAAGAUGGGAGGCAAGAAUUGGGAGAGUGUUUGGCAACAAGUACCUAUACCUUGGGACUUACAGUACACAAGAAGAAGCAGCUCGUGCAUAUGACAUUGCAGCAAUUGAGUACAGAGGCAUAAAUGCUGUGACAAACUUUGACUUGAGCACCUACAUCAGAUGGCUAAGACCAGGAACACAUCCUAUUGCUUCACAUGAUCAAAAGCCUGGCACAGACCCUCAACCCUUUGCUACCUCUAACUCAAUGCAAACAAGAGGGAACAUUGAGGUAUCCAACUCUAACAUGCAUUCAUUCUCCUCAGCUGAAUUAGACAGUACCAAGAAGCAAGACUUUUCCAAGUAUAUGAACCCUUUGAGCCCUUGCAACAAGCCAUCUUCCCCAACAGCAUUAGGACUUCUCCUAAAAUCAACAGUGUUCAGAGAAUUGAUGCAGAGAAAUCUGAACUCCUCUAGUGAGGAAGGUGAAGAAGUUGAAUUGAAAUACCCACAAGAAGGAAAUGAUGGAAAUGGAGGGACUUAUUACAGUGACAACACCAGUAACUCUUACUUUUGCUCUUCUGAUAUCAACAGAUUACCAAACCUGGAGUCACCAGAAGAAAGUUCAUUGCCUAUGUAUCAUGGAACUGUGCAAUCCCUAUGGAAUAGUUCUUUCAACAUGUCUAAUUGA